AUGAGUGAGGAUGACGAGAGGGGAGAAGCUGCGAACGACCACGAGAACCCGACGGAAGAGAUCCUCACGGAAGAGCCCGUGAAGCCACCCGUGCGGGACCGACGGAGAAAGAAGGUGGAGCCGACGGCACCGUCUGACGUGGCAGCGGGAACGGGAGACGUGGCAGUGGGAACGGGAGACGGGGCAGCGGUGGAGGCGAAGGAGCCCAAGGGCGGGGAGCCGGAGAUGAAAGAGCCCUUGAUCGGUGCGCUUCCCAAGAAGAAGUCCCUGUUCGGGAAGCUGUAUUCGCCGUUGAGGAGGAGGACGACCCGGAAGCCGCCCAAGAAGGUUCCCGACGUCGCGGACGAUCAGUCCGAGGAAGGAGUCGUGUGGCAGUGCGCCGUCCCGGGAGAGAUGGCCCAAUACGACUCGAAAAAGCCAGAAGAAAGGGGGAUCCGGGGGUGGGCCAUCAUCUUCUACUACAGCGACUUCACCAACGGUCUUCCGCCUCGCGAGGGAGUGGAACACGACUUGGUGAAUCUCAGACGCGUCUUUAAGGAAAGGGGCUUCCUCGUCAAAGAAUACCCCGUCGCGCAUGCGCAGGACCUCGAGCGUCACGACAGCCUGGUCAUCUGCUUCCUGUCGCACGGACUGGAGAGUCGCCUCUACGCCACGGACGCGGACUUCGACGAGAGCGAGCUCUGGAGGGAGUUCUGCGGAGAUCGGUGCCCGGCACUCAACGGGAAGCCAAAGCUCUUCUUCAUUCAGGCUUGCAGGGGACAUCGACUCGAUCACGGGGUGAUGGGGAAGAUGAGCAGCGUGAUGCACUCGCUCGCGGACUCGCUGGACAGCAGCGGCCACCACGGUCGCCGCGUCGGGGAGCACCACCUCCCGACCCACGCGGACAUCCUCGUCGCUCACAGCACCUUCGAAGGUCACGUGUCUUGGAACAACGCGCAAUUGGGAUCCUACUUCGUCUACACCCUGUGCAAGGUCAUGGAGCAACACUCGGCGAACCUCGACAUCCUGAAGGUGCUGACCAUGGUGGCCGGCAUCAUUGCUAGAGACUUCAAGUCCACGCACAACCAGCCGGAACGGCAUGCAAAGAAACAGAUGCCCACCAUCAGAAGCACGCUCACGAAGGAUCUGUACCUCUUACCCCUCAAACCAUCGACAAGCAAGCCCUAGUAGCGGGUUUCUUUCGACUGCCUUUGCUAGUGAUCUGUUGCACGGGACGUUUGUUUUCGAUUCGAGAUCGCAUGCAUGAUUCUCGUGAUUUGUAAUUCAAACCCCGUGAUGUUUUUUUUUUAAACGGAGAAUUAAGGGGAAAUAAAGACACAGCUCUUGAGGAAAUUGA